AUGGAGGCCAGUGCAGGCUUAAUAGCUGGUUCUCACAACCGGAACGAACUUGUUAUGAUCCGUCGUGAUGGAGAGUUCUUGCGAAAGCCGCCAGAGCAGUUAAUCCGGAAAAUAUGCCAGAUAUGUGGAGAUGAAGUUGGAUUGACAGUGGAUGGAGAACUGUUUGUGGCUUGCAAUGAAUGCGCCUUCCCCAUUUGUAGGACUUGCUAUGAGUACGAGCGUCGUGAAGGAAGCCAGGUAUGCCCUCAGUGCAAAACCAGGUUCAAACGUCUCAAAGGUUGUGCUAGGGUCGAUGGGGAUGAAGAAGAGGAUGACAUUGAUGAUCUCGAGAAUGAGUUCAAGCAGCAGGAUUUCGCGCUUGUGCCUGUAGGACUUGUUCAUGAUGCCUUGCCUUCUCAAGUCCUCCUUCUCACUGAUGGUAGCACGGUUGAUGAUACCCCACUUGAACGACAUGCUCUGGUCCCUACAUAUGGUGGUGUUGGUAAAAGAGUUCAUCCUCAUUCUUCGACUAAUUACUGCCUUCCAGUUCCAGUUCAACCUAGACCGUUGGACCCUUCGAAGGAUUUAGCAGUGUAUGGCUAUGGUAGUGUAGCCUGGAAAGAGAGGAUGGAGAAUUGGAAACGAAAGCAAGAGAGAAUAAAUGCCAGGCAUGAAAAUGGAGGCGAAGAUUCUGAUGAUGAUGGAGAAGGACCAGAUCUAUCCUUGAUGGAUGAGGCUAGACAGCCACUAUCAAGAAAAGUACCUAUUCCAUCAAGUCAAAUCAACCCUUAUCGAAUGAUAAUUAUUAUCCGUCUUGUAGUUCUUGGAUUCUUCUUCCAUUAUCGCAUCACUCAUCCUGUGAAUGAGGCAUAUGCACUGUGGUUUGUAUCAAUUAUAUGUGAAAUUUGGUUUGCAAUUUCAUGGAUUCUUGAUCAGUUCCCAAAAUGGCACCCAAUUGAUAGGGAAACCCACCUGGAUAGAUUGUCCUUAAGGUACGAAAAGGAAGGUCAACCUUCUGAGCUUUCACCAAUUGAUAUAUUUGUGAGUACAGUAGAUCCCUUGAAAGAACCCCCUUUAGUUACCGCAAACACAGUGCUGUCAAUUCUUGCAGUCGACUAUCCUGUAGACAAGGUGUCCUGCUACGUGUCUGAUGAUGGAGCUGCCAUGUUGACGUUCGAAGCCUUGUCAGAAACAUCGGAGUUUGCACGGAAAUGGGUACCUUUUUGCAAGAAAUUUAAUAUUGAGCCCAGGGCACCUGAGUGGUAUUUUGCUCAAAAGAUGGAUUAUCUCAAGGACAAGGUGUUACCUUCAUUUGUGAAGGAGCGACGAGCUAUGAAGAGAGAGUAUGAAGAGUUCAAAGUUCAUAUUAAUUCUUUGGUUGCUAAAGCACAAAACGUUCCAGAAGAAGGGUGGACAAUGCAGGAUGGGACCCCUUGGCCGGGAAAUAACGUCCGAGAUCAUCCUGGAAUGAUUCAGGUAUUUCUAGGCCAAAACGCAGGACAAGACACUGAUGGAAAUGAAUUGCCACAUUUGGUAUAUGUCUCCAGGGAAAAAAGACCUGGUUUUAAUCACCACAAAAAGGCUGGUGCAAUGAAUGCACUGGUUCGUGUCUCUGCUAUUCUCACUAAUGCUCCUUAUAUGUUGAAUUUGGAUUGUGAUCACUACAUCAAUAAUAGCAAGGCUCUCAGGGAAGCAAUGUGCUUUAUGAUGGAUCCUUUGUUACGGAAAAAGGAUUGCUUUGUACAGUUUCCCCAGAGGUUUGAUGGAAUUGACAGGAGUGAUAGAUAUGCUAACCGGAACACUGUGUUCUUUGAUAUUAACAUGAAAGGCCUGGAUGGGAUACAAGGGCCUAUCUAUGUUGGGACAGGCAGUGUGUUUAGGAGACGAGCAUUUUAUGGUUAUGAUGCCCCGAAGUCAAAGAAGGCUCCUGGAAGAACCUGCAAUUGCUUUCCUAGGUGGUGUUUUUGUUGUUCUGAAAGGAAGAAAAAGAAAGCUAAAAUGGCUACUUCUGAGAAGAAAAAGAAGGAUUCAAUAGACAAUGUGAAGACACAUACACCUACUUUGGAGGAAAUUGAAGAGUCCAUUGAAGCAAGCGAGAGUGAGAAAACACCUAUGCUUCCUGAGAAAAAACUAAAGAACAAAUUCGGUCAAUCUUCUGCUUUUGUUGCCUCAACACUAAUUGAAGAUGGUGGAAUCCUUAAAAAUGCUAGCCCUGCCUCUUUGUUGAAGGAAGCCAUUCAUGUGAUUAGCUGUGGAUAUGAAGACAAGACAGACUGGGGAAAAGAGGUUGGGUGGAUCUAUGGUUCUGUUACAGAAGACAUUUUAACUGGUUUUAAAAUGCACUGCCAUGGAUGGCGAUCUAUAUAUUGCGUUCCCUCAAGGCCAGCGUUCAAAGGUUCUGCACCAAUAAAUCUAUCAGACCGACUGAAUCAAGUACUUCGUUGGGCACUUGGUUCUGUUGAAAUUUUUCUAAGCAGGCAUUGCCCGCUCUGGUACGGGUAUGGAGGAGGUUUGAAAUGGUUGGAGCGUUUGUCCUACAUUAACGCAACAAUAUAUCCAUUGACAUCAAUUCCUCUGGUGGCUUACUGCACCUUGCCUGCUGUAUGCUUAUUAACGGGACACUUUAUAAUUCCUGAGCUUAGCAAUUCUGCUAGUUUGUGGUUUUUGUCCCUCUUUAUCUGUAUAUUUUCGACUAGUGUCCUGGAAAUGAGAUGGAGUGGUGUUGGCAUCGAGGAUUGGUGGAGGAACGAGCAAUUUUGGGUCAUCGGAGGUGUUUCAGCACAUCUUUUUGCAGUCUUUCAGGGACUAUUGAAAGUACUAGCUGGUGUGGACACGAACUUCACUGUCACUUCAAAAGCAGGAGACGAUGAAGAGUUCUCGGACUUGAACUCAUUCAGGUGGACGACAUUGCUCAUUCCUCCAACUACACUUCUGAUACUAAACCUGAUUGGAGUAAUUGCUGGAAUUUCAAAUGCAAUUAACAAUGGAUACCAGUCUUGGGGACCUUUGGUGGGUAAACUCUUUUUUGCCUUCUGGGUUAUAGUGCAUUUGUAUCCUUUCCUCAAGGGUCUACUCGGACGCCAGAGCCGGGCACCUACAAUCAUCAUUGUCUGGUCAAUACUACUGGCUUCGAUACUCUCCCUUAUGUGGGUUCGAGUAGAUCCAUUCUUGGCCAAGUCGGAUGAGCCUGUACUGGAAGAAUGUGGGUUGGACUGUAACUAG